AUGGAUUCUGCUCAUCCUUCCUCGUCAGGGGGUGGUGGUGUGUGGUUGGGGAUGUUGUGUUUGGGGUGGUUGGUUGUGGUGUGGUGGUGGGUGUGGUGUGUGUUUGGGGUGGGUUUUGUGUUUGGGGGUUUGGGUGUUGGGUUUGGUGGGGUGUGGGGGUGGGGGGGGGGUUGGUUGAGGGGGGGGGGGGUUUGGGGGGUGGUGGGGGUUGGGGGGGGGGGGGGGGGGGGUGGGGGGGUUGGGGGGGUGUGGUGGGGGGGGGUGUGGUGGUGUUGGUUGUGGGGGGGGGGGGUGUGGGGGGGGGGGGGGGGGGUUUGUGGUGGGGUGGUUUGGGGGGGUGGGGGGGGGUGGGGGGGGUGGGUAUAUGAUGUUGUGGGGGGGGGGGGGGGGGGGGGGGGGGGGGUGGGGGGGGGGGUGGUGGUUGGUGUUGGGGUGUGGGGUGGGGGGGGGGGGGGGGGGGGUGGUGGGGGUGGGGGGGGGGGGUGGGGGUGGGGGGUGUGGUGGGGUUUGUGGAGGGGGGGGGGGGGGGGGGGGUGGGGGGUUGGGUGGGGGGGGGGGGGGGGGGGGGGGGGGUGGUGGGUGUGGGGGGGUGGGUGGUGGGGGGGGUGGGGGGGGGGGGGGUGGGGGGGGGGGGGGGGGGGGGGGGGGUUGGGGGUGGUGUUGGGGGGGGGUGGUGGGUGGGGGGGGGGUGGGGGGGGUGUGGGGGGGUGGUGUUGGUGGUUGGGGUGGUGUGUUGGUGGGGGGGGGUGUGUUGUUGUUGUUUGUUUUUUUGUUUGGUGUUUGUGGUGGGUUGUUGUGGUUUUGUUGUGUUGGUGGGGUUGUUGUGGGGGUUAUUGGGGUAGUAUGAUUGUUGGUUAA